AUGGACUCAACCGUCACACCUCAAGCAAACACCACAAACUUAACCCUGUGUGUCCGAAUUGGUGACGAUGCGAUAAGUGACUUUCUCAUGUGUGUUUAUAUCCUGGCAUUUAUCUUCGGUUUGAUCUUCAAUGUCAUCACCCUGGGGCCCAUCUGGCUGCAAAUGCGUCGGGGCAACAUCUUGGGGAUCUUCCUGCUCAGUCUAUCCAUCUCAGAUAUGCUUUUCCUCUUCACCAUACCCCUUUGGAUCAACUAUUACUACAAGAACCAUAACUGGCAGUUAGGCGUUGACGCCUGUAGUGUUGCUGGCUUCUUCUAUUACUCCAACAUGUACAUCAGCAUCUACCUGCUCUGCUGUAUCUCCUUGGAUCGCUGCCUGGCAGUCACUUUACCACACCGCUCCAAAGCUUUUCGUACAUCACGCUACGCCUGGGUGCUGUGUAUCUGUGUUUAUGUUGUGGUGGCUGUGCUUCAUUUUAUAGUGCUGAUCAAAGAUGAUCUUAAAGGCACCCAUGAUAACAAAAACGAAAACGAUCGCUGUUAUGAGACUUAUCCCAUAAAGAGACCCAUGGCCCUGUUUAACCUGGUCAGAGUGGGCUUUGGCUUCCUGUUGCCUCUGAUGGUGCUGGCGGUGAGCUACUGGAAGGUGCUGGCUACUGUUGAUCAAAGGCCCGGCCUCAGCGCCCAGAUGAAGAGAAAAGUCCGCCUGCUUUCCUAUGGCGUGAUUGGGAUCUUCUCAGUGUGCUACGCCCCCUAUCACAUACUCCUGCUUGUGCGCUCGCUAGUCUUUUACAACAGCGAAAACCAAGAAGCUGGAGGAAGUUACUGUGACUUUGAGCAAAAGAUGCACUUUGUUUUCUCAUGUUCUUUAGCACUGUCCAGUCUGAACUGUGUGGUGGACCCUGUGCUAUACGUGCUGGUCAGUAACGGAUUCCAGGAGGAUAUAAAACAGUUUUGGAGGUGGCAUAGAAAUACUCGUACAGAUGAUACUUCUCCAACAGCAAACAGCAGGAGAAAGGCUAAUGCUGAUUUAAUAUAA